GAAUCGGAGAAGAAGAGGUGGACUUCGGGGAGCCCCCGGUGUCUGAGCCGCACUUGGCAGCGAUUUCUUCCCCCUUCAACUCGCUCGGCGAGCUGCUGGUUUCGAGUGGAGAUUCGGCGUUUUUCAAGUCGACAUGAAGGCAAUAGAUGAACCUCCUUAUCUGACCGUUGGUACCGAUGUCAGUGCCAAGUAUCGAGGGGCAUUCUGUGAAGCCAAGAUCAAGACUGCAAAACGGCUGGUUAAAGUUAAGGUAACAUUCAAACAUGAUUCAUCAACUGUUGAAGUGCAAGAUGAACAUAUCAAGGGUCCGCUGAAGGUAGGAGCUAUUGUUGAAGUGAAAAACCUAGAAGGAACAUACCAAGAAGCUGUCAUUAAUAAGCUGACUGAUGCAAGCUGGUACACCGUAGUGUUUGAUGAUGGUGAUGAGAAAACCCUGAGACGUACUUCACUUUGUCUGAAAGGAGAGCGACAUUUUGCAGAAAGUGAGACGCUUGACCAGCUGCCCCUCACUAAUCCGGAACACUUUGGUACACCAGUCAUUGGAAAGAAAUCUAACAGGGGAAGAAGGUCCAACCAAGUCCCCGAUGAAGAAGAAUCUUCUUCAUCCAGUGAUGAAGAUGAUGAAGACAGGCGAUUAAGCGAUGAAUUAAUUGGUAAAAUUGUCUGUGUGGAGUGUACAAAUGGAGAUAAAAAGAAGACUUCAUGGUACCCGGCUCUUGUCAUUUCUUCAGACUGCAAUGAUGAAAUCACGGUGAAAAAGGACAGUGUGUUGGUUCGUUCAUUCAAGGAUGGCAAAUUUGCGGCAGUUCCUAGGAAGGACAUCACUGAAUUUCACAGUGAGACAACCCCAAAAUCAGAUGCAGGAAUGGCGGAAGCUUUGGAUCAGGCUUUUACAUUCUUGAAGACGGGAGCUGUUCCAAACAAUUGGAAGACAGAGCUGAAAGAAGAGAGCUCAAGCAGUGAUGAUGAGGAACACGAUGAGGAAGAUGAUAGUAGUGAAGAGGAGGAAGAAGUAGAGCCUUUUCCAGAGGAAAGAGAGAAUUUUUUGCAGCAACUUUACAAGUUCAUGGAGGACCGAGGUACUCCAAUCAAUAAACGUCCGGUGCUGGGAUACAGGGAUUUGAAUUUGUUCAAGCUCUACAGACUUGUGGAUAAACUAGGAGGGUUUGAGAAAAUUGAGAGUGGUGCAGUUUGGAAGCAAAUCUAUCAGGACCUGGGAAUCCCUGUGAUGAAUUCUGCAGCAGGAUACAAUGUUAAAUGUGCAUACAGGAAAUACUUGUGCGGCUUUGAGGAUUAUUGCAAAUCUGCUAACAUUCGCUUUCAAACAUCACUGCAAGGAGAUUCAAAAGCAGACAAAAAGAAAAAAGAAUGUGAAAAGGGUCACGAUGAUCGUGUUUGUAAAGAGGAAAAGGAACCAACUUUGAAAACUAAUGAAGAAAUGGAAGAAGUAAAGGGCAAAAAGGAAUAUGAAAGCAAAACUGCUGUGCAUAGUGAUAAAGCAAAAGACAUUGAAACCAAAUCCCUCAGGGGAAGGAAGAAACAUCUCCCAGAAUGUACAUCACGGACAGACCCUGGAAAGGACAACAGCAGAGUAAAAACGGAGGACAGUGAAGGAAAUAAAGAUGAUAAAAUGGGUGAAUUCAAAAAAGUUCUCCCAAAGUGCAAAAUAGAAGAAUUGAAGGCUGAAAAAUCAGAGGAUAAAGAAAAGCAGGGGGAUGAAAGCAUUAAAGAGGAUGAGGAAGAUGAAGAGGAGGAGGAGGAGGAGGAGGAAGAGGAAGAAGACGAGGAAGAGAGGGAAGACGAAGAGGAAGAAUUUGAGUGUUAUCCUUCAGGAAUGAAAGUCCAAGUGAGAUAUGGCCGAGGGAGGAACCAGAAGCUGUAUGAAGCCAGCAUUAAAGAUUGUGACAUUGAGGGUGGAGAAGUUCUCUACCUAGUGCACUACUGUGGCUGGAAUGUGAGAUAUGAUGAAUGGAUAAAGGCAGACAAGAUAGUCCGACCAGCAGACAAAAAUGUGCCAAAAAUAAAACACAGAAAGAAAAUAAAGAGCAAAGCAGAUAAGGAAAAGGAUGAAAAAAAGGACAAAGAAGAGAAAUCUUCCAACAAAUCUGUGCGGGCUCGCCGGCCCUCAAAGUCAACAGCUCAUUCGGUAUCUUCAGACGGUGCUUCGAAGGUAGCUGGAAUUGGGACUAGAAGCUGUGAGAGCAAUUCUACAGACAUCUCUACCAUCCUUAAUGGCCUGCAAGCUUCAGAAAGUUCUGCGGAGAGUGAGAAUGAAGAUGCAAAGAGUUACCAAACUGAAGAAAACUGGAGAAAAGGCCUACAAGAGGAUAGCAUGAAAGCAGAGAGGAAAGAGCUUAGUCAGCAGGGUGAGAAGAGUCCUUCUACACGCGAACUGCCUGUAACGACUUCAAGUGGCACAAAGUCAGGGGCUAUUUCGGAUGCUCUGGAGUGGAUGAGAAAAGAAAUACAUUCAGAGGAUGAGGAGGAAGAAGAGCCCACAAGAGCAAAAGCUUUGGUCCAAAAAGAAGUAGUGGAAAAACGUACAAAAUCACAGAUCAAACGAGUCCGAAGGCGAAAGCUAAACACUGAAGACUGGAUGAAAACAGGGUCAUCCAGCCGAAAGGAUGAAAGAUCAAAGGGCAAAGAAUCGCCCAUCAACAGCACAAGCAGCAGUAGCAGCAGCUCUGAUGAGGAUGAUGAAAAAAGUGACGCAAAAAACACUCCUUCCAAAAAACACAAUGGCCUACAGGACAAGAGGAAACCUCUGCACACAGCUGGUUUAUAUUCGAGUUUCUCAGAAGUGCCCGAGAAAAGGAUUAAGCUUUUAAAUAACUCGGAAGCAAGGGCUCAGAAUGUAAAAGUAAAAGACCGAAAAGAUGUGUGGUCAAGUAUUCAGGUUCAGUGGCCUAAAAAAGUUCUUAAGGAACUCUUUUCCGACUCUGACACCGAGGCCACAUCACCUCCGCCAGUGACACCUGAGGAGGUAAAAUCUGAGGUGCAGGCAGAGGCUGCCAAAGAAGUUGAGAGGUUGUGCCCUGUUGAAGCAGAAACAGCACUGCCAGCCGUCUCACCAGUUAAACCUACUGAGGAGAAGCCAACUGAAAAACAUGAUAAAAAAAGCGAAAUACCAAGCAGUGGCAGUAAUUCAGUGCUCAACACUCCACCUACUACCCCUGAGUCACCUGUGUCGGUCACAGUGACUGAAUCGACAAGGCCGCAACCAAAUGCUGGACUCCCGGAAACCUUAGCUCCAAGUCAGGAGGAAGUGCAGAGUAUUAAGAGUGAAACUGAUAGCACCAUUGAGGUAGAUAGUGUAACUGGGGAGCUACAAGAAGGACAGUCGGAGGGCAAUGUCUCCCCAACAGGGUUUGAUGCAAGCAUUAGCUCCAGCAGCAGUAACCAACCUGAACCGGAGCACAAGGAAAAAGUUACUACCAGCCACAAAAGACCAAAAGAUGCUCAGGGAGGAAACUCAACCAAGAAGCAGAAACGUAGUCACAAACGUUCAGGGAUUAACAAUAAAAAGAAAAAUCGGACUGCAAACAGCAGUGACAGUGAAGAAUUAUCUGCUGGUGAAAAUACUGCCAAAUCUGUGCCACUGAAAAAGAACUCCAUAGUACCAUCAGGCCCAAAUUCUCCCCCAGGCAGUGCAUCUCCUGCCAAAGUAUUGUCCCCUGGAAAAUCUGCUAGAAAUGGAGAGAAGGAUGCUGCACGAGAACAUAAAGAGCAGAAUAACAGGUCACCACCCAGAACCUAUAAAUGGAGCAUUCAAAAGGCUGAUCUUGAAAAUAUGGCCAGUGCAGAACGUAUUGGUUUCCUUCAGGAGAAGCUGCAGGAAAUAAGAAGACAUUAUCUCUCUCUGAAAUCUGAGGUAGCCUCUAUCGACAGAAGAAGAAAACGCAUGAAAAAAAAGGACCGCGAUACAAAUGCAUCCGCAACAACUGCAUCAUCAUCCUCUUCGCCUUCGUCCAGCUCCCUCACAGCGGCUGUCAUGUUAACAUUGGCUGACCCAUCCGUAUCCAACUCGGCACAAAAUGGAGUGUCGGUGGAAUGUAGGUGAUGAAAGGACCUCCCAAGGCACAGUGCACUUAAUGACUCCUGGGGCUCUUUUAAUUUUAUUUCUAUUUUUAAUGUUUAAAUGCUGGAUAGAGGCACGAAAAAAAUUCAGCUAGCACUAUACUCCACGAAAACUGCUUCUCAGCAAAAUAGCACUUAAGUGCACUUUCAUGAAGAGAAAAGUACAAUGAAGUGUUAUCUCGGAGCAAUAACCAUUUGCAGUCUGUCUGGGAAUCGUGUAACUGUUGAAAACAGGCCUUAUUUUUAAGUUUGGGCAGAAAAUGGCUUUAGCCAGUUUUACUUCCUGAAGAAACCUUAUAAAACGCAUCAUUUACUUGGGCAUAUUUUAUAAGCUACAGCUGCUUACACAUGAUUUUGAUUUUUUUUCUGUAAAGCUGGACCAUUUGAUGAUCUCUGAUAUGAUAUUCUCUCAGAUCUAUGUUUUAGCGCACAAGCUUGCCAUUUCUUUAUGGGUUUUAUCGUUACUGUUUUUUUUAAAAAAGUUUUUAAAAAAAGUUGCUUGCAUUAUUUUGUGUAACACAAGCACAUGUAACAAUUUCAAAGGCUACAGGUGUACAGUAAUUGCUGGAAUAUAGUGCUUUGGGCAUCAGCCUUUAGUGUGUAACCAAAUGCAUAUGAGAUUCCUUUUUGAUUACUGCCUUGUGUUUACAGGUUUGGAUAUAGGGAAAGGUUACAGUGAGUUUUCCCUGACCUGUUAAUUGGAGCAGAAACCUAUUUUGUCAUUUUUUAUAUAAAGUCAUUGAUAUUUUUUCUUUAAUUUUGAUACAAAACAUUUCUUCAGAAAUGAAAGAAAAUAACUAACAAACUGUACAAAUUCUUAAAUGAACUGUGUAUAAUGAACAUUGUACUUGCCAGCCUAAAAGAUAUAUUUAUUCUAGGGAAAUGAUGACAAGUUAUAUUUUUGUGUUUUUUUCCUUGUAAAUGAAAGAGGAUUUUUUCUGAAAGCGUAUAAAAUAUUUGGUUUCUAAAGCUUAUUUUAUCAUUAUCAAGGCUAAUUUAAGUAGUCUUGAGACACAUCUAGGCCGUGCAGCAUAAGUACCUGCCUGCAGAUUCUUGGACCUGCAGGGAGCAUUCAAAUAGUAAAGUAACAUCUGAAGAUUUGAAAUGGAGCUAUGUCUGUGGCAGUACUAGAUCUUACCCUGGAAUAAACUGAAGUCAAAGAAAACCAACUUUUGCCCUGAUUUUAUGUUGUAUGUACCAACAAGUCUGUUCUUUGUCUGACACAUGUACUUACCUGUGAACCUUUUUGUAAUACUUUUUGUAUAUUUAGAACACAUUCAUUCGAGUUGUAUUUAAAAAGCAAUGCUGUUAAUGCGCAGUGUGUUCCUGUACAGUUUUACUGUUUUUUAUAGUCGCUCUUGUGUACUUUGAUUAGAAGUUAGCAUGUUGCUUUAUCUUUUUGAAGGUAAAAAGGUGUGAAAGGGCAUUUUAGUCAUUUUUGCCAGAGUUUGCAAGAUGGUUUAUGUUUGUAGACGUUGGUUAAGUCGCAUCUGAAUUUACACACAACCUUUGUAGGAAAAGCAUAUUUGUUUGGUCUCUGUAGCUUGUGCUCUUAAGAAUUUUUUGACAAUGGUUUCAGAAUACCUUGACCUUGUACAUGACUGUAGACCUUUGUUUGACAGCUCAAUGUACUUUGAAAAAAACUUAUUGAAAGUUAUAUAAUAUUUAUUAGAUUCCAAAAAGGUUGGAAAUUAUGUAAUUUAUUGUAAAAAUGUAAGCAAAUUCAAAGGCUUCCAUUUGAAAUAAAAUUGCCAUAGUUUGUGAAAAUGUUUUAUUUCUAGCACACAGAAACUGGGUUUUACCAUAAUAAAUGUGUUGAGUAAAAGUC